GUGCCCGUUUCGCCUCGCGCCUGCGUUGCUCUGCUAUUUCCAUUUCCAUUGCACCCAUUUCCGGGGUCGCCUGCGUUGCUUCGCGUGGGAGCGUGAUUCGUUUAGGCCUCUCGCCAAUUUCGGAGGGCGACGGCGACGUGCUUUCGGCGGGCGGGCAGAGAAAAUCUAGAGUCUUGGGUUUGCCAGACGCGCCUUUGUGGGAGACAGACACUUGCUCUCGCCUCCAAUGGCCGAGAUCUGCUGCGAGGAAGCCAAGUCGACGCCGGCAACCGCCGUGGCUGCGGCUUCAGUCUCCGCCACGGCCGCAGCGGCCGCAGCCGUGGCAGUGGCCUCCUCGGCGUUAGAGAGGAGGCGACGCAGGCUGGAGAUGAGGAGGUUCCGCGUCGCGAGCGAUCCCGAGGAGCUGGUCGCGGAGGACGUCCGCGCUGCCAAGCGGCAGAGGCUGGCGCGCACGCUGUCCGGCUCCUGCCCCGACGCGGGCUCGGACUCCGACAGGCCGGCCCUGCCCAGGUACGGGGUCACCUCCGUCUGCGGCCGACGGCGCGAGAUGGAGGACACGGUCUCCAUCAGGCCGGACUUCCUGCCCGGCACCAGCAAGCACAACUUCUUCGGCGUCUUCGACGGCCACGGCUGCUCCCACGUAGCGACGAUGUGCCAGGACAACAUGCACGAGGUUGUCGCGGACGAGCACACGAAGGCUGCCUCUGGCGAGGAGACGGCGUGGAAGGGCGUGAUGGAGAGGAGCUUCUCGCGAUUGGAUGAGCAGGCCGCCAGCUGGGCGACCAGCCGCAGCCGCGACGAGCCUGCCUGCAGGUGCGAGCAGCAGAUGCCCUUGCGCUGCGAUCACGUGGGGUCCACCGCCGUGGUCGCCGUCGUUAGCCCCAGCCACGUAGUCGUCGCCAACGCCGGCGACUCGCGCGCCGUCCUCUCCCGCGGCGGCGUCCCCGUUCCGCUCUCCGUCGACCACAAGCCUGACCGACCUGACGAGCUGGCUCGCAUCGAGGCGGCGGGUGGCCGCGUCAUUUACUGGGAUGGUGCCCGUGUUCUCGGCGUCCUCGCCAUGUCUCGAGCCAUAGGGGAUAGGUACCUAAAGCCGUUUGUGUCGUCGGAGCCGGAGGUAACGGUGACGGAGCGCACCGACGACGACGAGUGUCUGAUCCUGGCCAGCGACGGCCUGUGGGACGUCGUGACCAACGAGAUGGCGUGCGAGGUCGUCCGGGCGUGCUUCCGUAGCAACGGUCCGCCGGCGCCGGCCGCUCGCCCGAACGGCGUGGCCCUCCCGGCAGCCGGCGCGGGCGCCGAGGACGGAUCGGCGGUUGUCAAGGGUGUGGGCAAGGAGGACUCCGACAAGGCGUGCUCCGACGCGGCCAUGCUGCUGGCAAAGCUGGCGCUGGCCCGGCGGAGCGCCGACAAUGUUAGCGUGGUCGUCGUGGAUCUCCGCCGGGGCAUAUGAUUCUCGGAGCGAAGCAGAGCAGGGCAAAAUCAUAUGCUCCAUGCUUGAAACUAGCUCUUCUGAAAUCCACGCUAAUUUCUCCCCCAUUUUGACCAUCCUUCUAUUUUGAUGUAGUAUUAGUAGUAGAUCCUGAUCAGAUGAAUAUAAUAGACGC